AUGGAACUGAAAUCCGUUUUAACAGUGACACUUUAUUUGAUAUACUCUGCGUGUGCAGAUCGCGUGACAUAUAAAAAGGUUUGCUAUUAUACCAACUGGUCCCAGUACCGUCCUGACGUCGGCAAGUUCCUUCCCAAUGAUAUAGACCCCUUCCUUUGUACGCACGUCAUCUUUGCCUUUGCAAAGCUCGUCGGGAACCGUAUUGUGGCGCGAGAGUGGAAUGAUGAAACGGUUCCGUGGAAGAAAGGCUUAUAUGAACACGUGACAGACCUGAAGAAAAUUAAUCCCAAGUUGAAGGUUUUACUUUCGGUGGGAGGAUGGAAUGCCGGUGGAAAACCUUUCUCUGAUUUGGCAGCAACCGCAGCGGGAAGAAAGGAAUUUGCGACAACUUCUGUUACUUUUCUACGAAAAAGACAUUUUGAUGGACUCGAUAUCGACUGGGAAUUCCCUGGUAGUAAUGGCGGUGCUCCAAGUGAUAAAGAAAACCUCUCUCUUCUUCUCAAGGAAGUCAGCACUGUGUUUGAAAAGGAGGAGAGGGCAGCAGUACGAGAUAGACUUUUGCUGUCUAUUGCAGUUCCGGCUAGCCAGGACAAGAUCGACCAAGGUUACAAAGUGCCUGAUGUGUCACUGUAUUGUGAUAUGAUCAAUGUGAUGACAUACAACUAUCACGGAAUGUGGGACAAAUCUACCGGCCAUCACAGCGCCCUGUUCAAACGAAAAGUCGACACCACUGAGUACCAGUCCAAACUCAAUGUUGCAUGGACGAUGAACUAUUGGAUACGCAUGGGUGCUCAAGCCAACAAACUCAUCCUCGGGUUUCCACAGUUCGGUCGAGGAUUUACACUGACUGAUUCCAACAAGAAAGCAGUCGGGGAUGGUGUUAGUGGCGGGAGUGUCAGUGGCACGUUUACAAAAGAAGCGGGCUUCCUGGCCUACUACGAGAUUUGCAAGAUGUUGAAAUCUGGAGCGGCAGUAACUUGGGAUGAUGUACAGAAAGUUCCACAUCUGGUGCUUGGUGAUCAGUGGAUUGGUUUCGACAACGAGCGCAGUAUCAGAGAAAAGGUGAAAUGGUUCAAGAACUAUAAGUUUGGCGGAAUUAUGGUAUGGGCGCUUCCACUCGAUGAUUUCAGGGGAGACCAGUGCAGCGAAGGGAGAACAUACCCUAUCCUUCGCAAUAUAAUCGACGAGCUCAACCGACCUGACACUGCUCCGGGCAUAGCAAACCGUGACAGCUCGGACCCUAUACAAUCUGAUGGCCUCACACCAACUUCAUCAAACAAAAUCAUCUCGGACACCAUACCGUUUGAUAGCUUCCCUGUGGGUUCGUCAUAUCGAGUCAACGAAACUAUGGUCAAUAUGGAUACAACACAAGAGGGACCACUCUUGCAAACGUCAUCGAGCAACGCGAAAAUUCUUCUGGAAAACGCUAAAGACCAGAGUGGCCAUGUGAGUAGUGCUAAGGACGGACGAAAUAAACCAGUAUCUGAAACGGGUAAAAGUGAAACGAAAAAGAAAAAAAACACAGAUAUCUAUGAUACAAAAAAGGAAAAAUUAAGUGAUGUUAUAAUAAAUCCAGAGAAAGCAGUGAUUACAAAGGUAAAAUCUAGCAAAGAAGAAAGAAAACAGCUAUUGAAAUCAAUUCCAGCGCAAGAACAGCCGUUGAUCGAAGCAAGUUCAAAUAAAAUUGAAAAUCGGUCACCAGACCUGAAAUCAGACGGAAAGGCACGAAGUGGCCUGUCAAUACUAGAAACAAGUGGUCAAGUGAAAAAUGGUGUUAGAAAAACAGCUACGGAUGGUGCACAAACUCCUGUUGUGACAGGUACUGUCCUAAGCGAUUCCUUAAAGCACAAAAUUCAAAGUCACGACAACAUUAUUGCAAAAGCAAACGUCCUAGAUGAGCUAAGUGCAUUUGAUAAUGGCACGGAGAAAUCUACAGAAAAGCAAACGAAGACAGUUAUCACGAAUUCGGGUGAAACAGUCCCGCUUUUAAAAACAGUCACACAAGCCAAUUCCACUCCUUCUAAGGACGAUAACAGGAAGAUUGUUGGUAAACAUAAUGAGAAAAGUGUAACAAACAAGAAGAAAAAAACUGAAAACAAAUCUGAAACAAAAGUGCAAGCAGGAACUGUUCCGGGUACACAUUUAAGCUCUGCCAUAAUUACAAAAGGAAAAACCACCAAGAAAAUAGGAACUUCUUCAUUCACAGGUGGGCCUCCCGUAUACAGUGCCCCUGAUUUGAGCGAUCUACAGUUAGCUGCCAGCCAUUCUGCGGCUAAACAACGGACAGACAAACAAAGAACCCUUGAUCAUCUUAAAGAUAAAAAUCCAAUCCUGCCUAUUAUUCAAUCAGAUACAUCUGCAGGGAAAGUCGAAAACAAUGCUGAACCUGAAAGCCCAUCUGUACCGCCUACAGCAAGUACAACAGUUGAAACCCCAUACAAGAAAACAAAACCGGGAAAAAACACAGCAGUAAAAAUGUCAAAAUCAACAAAACAAUCAACAGACAAGACAGACACCGCAACUGACAGUAAAACUCAGUCGGAAACGGGAAAGGAAAACGGGAAAAGCGAAAUAUCUAAAUUUACCUCCAGAAAAUUACUUCAAAUGACUGACACGAGUUUUCCAGGAAUGCCUGAGGAGAGGAAUGAAGGUGGACUUGGAGGGAUGAUAAAUUCCUUAUUUGGAAUGAUGUCAGGCUUCACACGAGGACAAAGACCACAGGAACGAAGGAGUGAUGUUUUCCCGAUAAGGUCUUCAGUAACUGAUGAUCCAUUUUCGUUCAAUACCGGACCGAACGAUAUCCGUGGCGAUAACCGCCUGGCUCGACAACGAUUUCGAAAUGGGAGGCAAGGACGCACAUCCACUUCCCGAGAUCGUCCAUCGGUUGCAAUCAACAAUAGGGAGAGUUCUGUUAAUACAAUAGAUCGUACAAUGAAUACUAGGGAUCGUUCCUUAUCUAGACGGGGAAGAGAAAGAUCUAUAGCUGUCGAUCGUGCAUCCAAUGUUCCAAGUAGAUCAAAUCAGUUCCCAAUCGAAACUCUUACUGACGUCAGUCCUCUUCCCACAACUGCAAACCCAUUUGAUUCCAUAGACCCACGAGAUCAGAGACUCCGUGGAGGAAGAUCCUCACUUUCCAGGGCUUCACGAACAUUGGGCAUUCAGGAACGAAUUAGGGGAACACCUCUAGAGGACACGCGAACACCUCGUGAAAGGGCACUUGAUGCAUUAAUUCUAUCUGAACAGUUACCAGACCCCGGUCCACUUAUUUCACAAAACACAAUACGUCCCAUGGGAAGAGAUCAGUUAAGAAAUGAAGCGGAACUUCUGCUUACACGAGAUCAGUUGGGCAUUAAUGACCCGAUUCAAAGAGAAAUACUUCAAGCACAAAUCAGGGAUCCGGCGUUGAUACGCUCCCGCGAACCUGGAUUAGUGGAAACAUUGCGACGGCGCAUGUCAGAUACAGGACGUUCCCGCGGGAAUCCAGGUGUAGCGACUAACAUUCAGACCACCGAAAGAGGACGUGGACGUUCCCAGUCUGAUACAAGACAAGCUAACGGCGGAAGGUUUCCAAAUUCAGAAGCAAGUAUGUUGUCAAGAAAUUCAAAUUCACGACGAAAUAUUGCCGUAGAUUCUUUCAAUAAUAGGAAUCGCAUUAUGGACAAUGCAAGAAGUGUUCAAAGACGCGUUUCUCGUCCAAGGACAGUUAUUGGACUUCAAGGAUCUGGAACAGACCGACAAAAUUCUGCUGACGGAACACAAAGAACAUCUUUAGGUACUCAAAGUUCAGGGGUAUCAACUGUUUUAGGCAAUGAUCGCCAACGCAUUGCGACUGGCACCCAGGGACCUGGAAGGGACCGUGGACGUAAUUCUUUAGGACGUCAAAAUGUUGCAUCAACCAGAAGAAGAACUACAAUAGGUAUCAAUGAUGCAGGAAAUGAGCGUCAGCGAGCAUCAAUUGGAAUUACCAAUGCAGGUACUGACCGCCAGAGAACGAAUGUAGCAGUGCAAAGUUCUGAUCGUCAGAGAACAACAGCUGGUGUACCUGGAACAAGAAAUAAUCGCCAGAGAACACCUAUCUCAGUUGAAAGCACAGGAACUGGAACCGAUCGUCGUCAAAGUGUAGGAACAAGUCAACGUGCAAUGAGAGGAGGUCAGGGUUUGGGAACCGACCGUCAACGAUCAGCAGUUGGCGUUCAAACCUCUGACCGUCAAAGGGCAGUGGCAAAUGGCCAAAGAGCCGGAAAUGACCGUCAAAGACCAUCAAUAGGAAUAGCUCCUCUAACAGGUCAAAACGGAAGAGUCAGUCGUCAACGGUCAGGAAUCGGAGUUCAGAGAUCAUCGAUGGACAGGCAAAGAGCAGCGAUUGGAGUCGCAAAUGAUCGUCAGAGAUCAGUAAUAGGUGUUCAACGUUUAGGUAACGAGAGACCACGAGCACCAGUGGGUGUUCAAGGUUCAGAAACGGAUCGCAAAAGAUCAACAAUAGGUGUUCAAAAUGGUGAACGACAAAGAACCGCGAUUGAAGUUCAACGCACUGGAAAUGAUCGUCAACGAUCAUCAGUAGCAGUUCAAGGUUCAACAAGCGACCGUCAAAUAACAGCUUUUGGCGUUCAAAAUAUUGAUCGCCAACGAACAUCAAUUGGUGUCCAACGUUCAGGUAAUGGACGUCAACGAACAUCUGUAGGAGUUCAAAGUUCGCUAUCAGAUCGUCAAAAACCUUCAAUAGGCAUCAAAAGUAUUGAUAGACAAAGAACAGCGAUCGGCGUUCAGCGUUCAGGAAAUGAUCGCCAAAGGACAUCAGUUGGUGUUCAAAGUGACAAAAGAACAGCUGCCGGAGUUCAACAAUCUGAUCGCCAACGACCAUCAAUUGGGGUUCAACGUCAAAGAACAAUUGAAAGUAAAGAUCAUCAACGAACGGUGGUCGGUAUUCAACGUUCUGGAAACGACCGUCAACAAACAACUAUAACAGGUCAAAGACCUGACAUUUCACUCCAACAAACAGCGGUUGGCGUUCAGGCACCUGGGAACAAUAGACAGCAGUCAGUGGUUAAUGAAGGAAGAACCACCACCAACAGUCGACGAAUUGUAGCUACAAAUUCAGAUAGUGGGAGAAUAACCGACCUCCAGCUACCUUCUAUCAUACAACAAAAUGAUGAAAUGAGGAAACGAGCUCAAAACACAAUAUUAAAUAGCAAAAGCAGUAGCCUAGCCGCAAUAUUAGGGAGUACAAGUCCAGAGUCUAAUCAAAUUGUUGCUGUUUCUGAAAGUAAUUGGAAAACAGGUCCUGAAAAAUCUGCUAUCUCAGGCAAUGGGGCCAAACCAGUUGCAUUAAUGAGCAACUCACAAAAACGUAAUGCAAUUGAAAACUCAAUAGAAGAACUGCUGGCUCAGAUAAGUGCACAACAACCUAAUAUAGCAAUAGACAAUGUAGGACCAACCGUUUCAUUAACUCCAACAGAACCACCUGUCGAUCCUUCAAUACAUCUUGUUACCUUAAACAAUAUUGAAAAUUCUUUCCUUAAUAGUUUGGGGCCUCCAAUACAAAUCUUGAAUGAAACAAAAGGACAGCCAUCCGUGAUACCUAUUGCAAACAAUGACAAUUUCAUCGGUGGAACGAACACCAUAGAUCUAAUAAACAGUCUAGCAGCAAACAGGAUGUCAAUGCCAGACAGUCCAAUGACAAAUAGCUUGACGGCUGAAAACAUUCUGGCAGCAGUAGCGGCAUCGCAACCUAGUCCCACCAUAGAUGUGGUAAAUAAACCAAUAGUCUUAGAAAUACAACCUCAGAUCCUCCCUACCAAACCGCCAUUGAACAAUGAUAUUACCGACGUCUUGGUGCAACUGCUGCGUGAAAAUCUCUUGAACCAAAAGACGCCGUCACCAACGACUCCUGCUCCGCCCCCACCAACCACGCCUGCUGCACUUAUACAAACAACAUCUAAACCUUUUAAGCAAGUUGCUAUACAGACGCCUAAUCAAGUAUUGGUAUCAACCGGAGGGCAGCCAAAAGAUUUCCCACCGCUGCCACCACCUCCACGUAGACAGACGUCUAUUAUUGCUACUAAUGAAACAGUUGUAGCCAAUAUCAGACCACAACUAGGGCUAACAAAAGCAGAUGUUCUUUGGAAAUGGGAAGCAUAG